AUGGAUAGAGUUCAUUUCAAGAUUAAUGGCGUGGAUUAUUCGGUGGGAUCUGAAGUGACUUCCUCCACGAUGCUACUAGACUACAUAAGAGAGUCUUUAGAACUGAGAGGCACCAAGUACAUGUGUCGGCAGGCUAGCUGCGGCGCAUGCGUGGUCACUGCUCGAAGAUCCAUGGGUUCGCCUUAUGCGGUUAAUUCGUGUAUCCUACCCAUCACGGCAUGCCAUGGCCUAGAGAUCACCACCAUUGAAGAGGUGGGCAAUAGAAACAAAGGAUACCAUCCACUGCAGACCACGUUAGCUGAGAACAAUGGUUCUCAAUGUGGAUACUGCUCUCCUGGAUGGGUUUUGUCUAUGUACAGCCUACUCCAAAGCAAAAGAGACCUAACGAUGUUAGAAAUAGAACAGUCUUUAGGAAGCAAUAUAUGCAGAUGUACUGGCUACAGACCAAUAUUGGAAGCAUUCAAGAAAUUUGCUAAAGAUGCUCCUAAAACUAUAGAAAUACCAGACAUAGAAGAUUUAAAAUUAUGUAGUAAAAGUAAUGAAAGUUGCAAUAAAGAAUGCGAAGAUGAAGACUGGUGUAUAGUUUCAAAGAGUGAUGUCAAUAUAAAUAAUGGUAUAAUUAAGAUUAACUUGAAAGAUGGAAGAAGUUGGUACAAAGUUAAUAAGGUCGCUGACAUAUUUAGUGUGCUGAAAACUGAAGGAUAUGAUUCAUACAGACUUAUAUGUGGGAAUACUGCUAAAGUUAUUCCACCAGAAGAUGAAACUAUACCUUACGAACGAGUGCUUAUAGAUAUAAGUGAUACUCAAGAUUUGACCGGCUAUGUUAUGGAUCAGAAUCUCAUUAUAGGUGCUGGAACUACUCUAAGCUCUUUGCUUGACAUUCUUCAAAUGAUAUCAAAACAAGAGUAUUUUGAUUAUUUGAAGAUAUUUUAUGAUCAUAUUUUGUUGGUGGCUCAUAUACCUGUUAGGAAUGUCGGAUCAAUAGCAGGAAACUUGAUGAUAAAACAUAAGAACAACGAGUUUACAUCAGAUUUAUUUCUGUUAUUUGAAACAAUUGGCGCCCAGCUGACUAUCAUGUCAUCAAAUGGCCUCAGGCAAAUCGUUAAAAUGGAUCAGUUCUUAAAACUUGAUAUGAAGGCGAAAGUGAUUCUGAAUGUGAUGUUGCCACCACUAAACAACCAGUAUAAGCUUGCAACAUUUAAGGUAAUGCCAAGAUCCCAAAACGCUCAUGCAACAGUGAACGCAGGAUUUUUAUUCAAACUGUCUCCAGACAACAUAGUUUUACAAUCAAGAAUAGCAUUUAGCGGUCUUUCUCCACAAUUCACAAGAGCUUCAGCUACGGAACGCUUCAUAGUAGGAAAAUAUUUGUUUAGAAAUGACACGUUACAAGCAGCAAUCGAAAUUUUGAAAACUGAAACGGUUGUAACUGAAAAUCCACCUGAACCUUCUGUCAAUUAUAGGAGACAGUUGGCUUUGGGACUUUUCUAUAAGGGUCUCCUAAAAUUAUGUCCAGACUCAUUAUUGCACCCACGAAUCAAAUCUGGAGCCAUAAAACUUCACGAGUCUCGGCCGGUAUCUGAUGGCAAACAAAUAUUCACUACUAACCCAGCCGACUGGCCUAUCAACCAGCCCAUGCCGAAGAUUGAAGCUUUGAUACAAUGUGCAGGAGAAGCAAAGUAUACUGAUGAUAUCCCCACAUUUCCCAAAGAAGUUCACGCCGCUUUUGUACUGAGUACUGUUGGAAAAGGUCGUAUUGUGUCAAUAGAUCCUUCAGCUGCCCUUAACUAUCCAGGUGUUAUAGCAUUCUAUUCUUCAAAUGAUAUUCCUGGUAUGAAUUCUUUUACACCUGAAGAUGAUCAAGUAUACCAAAUGAAUGAAGAAGUGUUCUGCAGCGGCCAAGUAAAAUACUUCAGCCAACCGCUAGGUUUAAUAGUAGCUGAUACACAAGAUACAGCAAAUAAAGCCGUUAACUUAGUUAAAGUAAAAUACGCUAACGUUGAGAAACCAGUCUUAGAAGUAAAAGUGGCAAAAAAAGAUCCUAAAAGGAAUACUUUGUACCGAGAAAUCAAAGCUAAAGCAAGGGGCCAGUAUGUAUCAAAAGUAAUUAAAGGUGAAACUACAAUUAAGGGACAGACUUAUCUGACAAUAGAGACGUUGGUUAGUGUAACCAAGCCUACAGAAGCAGGUUUGGCUGUGUACUCUACAGCUCAAUGGCCAGCCGCUACGCAGUUAAUGGUAUCACGAGCUUUGAAGAUUGAGCAGAGCAAGAUUGAUGUCCACAUUCGUCGUAUCGGCGGAUCGUAUGGCAUAAAAAUAUCCCGAAGCAUACAAUCGGCGGUGGCUUCAAGCUUGGUGGCCAUGAAACUGAACCGUCCAUGCAGGAUCAUACAGAGAAUGGAGACUAAUACCAAAGCUAUGGGAAAGAGGUUUCCGUGUUCAACUGAUUUCGAAGUAGGCGUUAACAAAUCAGGUAUAAUUCAAUACAUGAAUUACAACUUGUACGAAGAUAAUGGUUAUGCCGUCAACGAAAACUUAACUGAGUUUGGAGUCAAUGUUUACAAUAAUUGCUACAAUGCAAGCACUUGGAAUUUCAAGGCUAUCAAUACUAUUACUGAUACUGCUAAGAACACUUGGUUUCGGUCACCAGGGACGCUAGAAAACAUAGGAAUGGUAGAACUGAUGAUGGAAAGGAUAUCUUAUGAACUAUCUCUAGACCCCAUACAGUUACGCCUAGCAAACUUAGAUCCUCAAUACAACGAUCUGAGAGAAAUGUGUCAAACAAUAAUUUCUUCAUCAGACUAUGUUACUAGAAGAACUGCAGUCAACAAAUUCAAUGCUGAAAAUAGAUGGAAGAAACGAGGGCUGAGACUUGUAUUUCUAAGAUGGUCUCAUGUAUACUCAAGAUAUUUUGAUGUCAACAUUGCAGUUUAUCAAGGAGACGGAACAGUAGCUAUAAGUCAUGGAGGAGUUGAAAUAGGUCAAGGUAUAAAUACGAAAGCAGCCCAAGUAGCAGCUUACAUGCUAAAUAUACCUGUAGAAAAAGUAAUUAUCAAAGAAAACAAUACAAUUACGUCACCUAAUGCUGCUGUGACGGGAGGAAGUUUAACUACACAGAAUAUAACAAUAGCUGUAAAGAAAUGCUGUGAGAGUUUAUUAGAAAGACUUGAACCUAUCAGAAAGGUGAUGAACAACCCAACUUGGGAGGAAUUAUAUGUGAAGAAAAGUUAUGAAAUGUCUGUCGAUUUGCAAGUCCAUAGUUUUGUAGGUAAGGAGGAUACGAAGGAUUAUAACAUUUAUGGGGUUACGGUUGCUGAAGUUGAAAUUGAUGUGUUGACUGGAGAAUCAGAAAUAUUACGAGUAGAUAUACUUCAAGAUGUUGGACAUAGCAUAAAUCCUGAACUUGAUGUUGGGCAGGUGGAAGGUGCUUUUGUCAUGGGCCUCGGAUACUGGACCAGUGAGAACCUAGUUUACGAUUCCAAUACAAGCGAACUACUCACGGAUCGUACUUGGAACUACUACGUACCAUUAGCAAGAGAUAUUCCACAAGACUUCAGAGUGUACUUGAGGAAAAACCCUAAUUUUAACAAAACUAUCUUGGGAUCUAAAGCAUGCGGUGAACCUCCUAUUUGUAUGUCGGUGGUGAUACCCAUAGCUAUACGGGAAGCCAUCGUAGCAGCAAGACAAGAGUGUGGAAUACCCAGCACUAUGUGGUUUAAUAUAGAUGGCCCAUACACAACUGAACAAAUAUGCUUGGCAUGUGAAACUAACACAGACGAUUUUAAAUUUAAUUAA